AUGUACGGCAACUCACGAAAUAUGGCAUCAACAGCACUUAAACGUCUAAUGACUGAGUAUAAAGGUACACCAUAUGAAGGUGGUAUAUUUUCAGCUACACUACGAUUUCCUACAGAUUAUCCGCUUUCACCACCAAGUAUGAAAUUUACAUGUGAAAUGUUUCAUCCAAAUGUAUAUCAAGAUGGAUUGGUAUGUAUAUCAAUUCUUCAUCCACCAGGCGAAGAUCCAAAUAUGUAUGAAAGUAGUGCAGAGCGAUGGUCACCUGUUCAAAGUGUAGAAAAAAUUUUAUUAAGUGUUGUUAGUAUGUUAGCUGAACCAAAUGAUGAAAGUGGUGCUAAUAUUGAAGCAUGUUAG